CUGAUAACAUUUAGAUCAUAAUUGUUUACAAACAUGUCAUUAUAACGUGCUUGUUCUACCAUACUUAGUGUGCCUGUAGUGGAAAUGGCCAAUCCGACAGUUAUCUUGAAAAAGCAGGGGGAAAUCGUUAUUGAGGAUUGUCCCAUUCCAGAACCUAAGCCAGGAGAGGUCCAGCUUCAGAUGCAGGAUGUUGGGAUAUGUGGGUCAGACGUUCAUUACUGGCAGCAUGGGAGAAUCGGUGACUUUGUUGUUAGGGCCCCCAUGGUUCUUGGCCACGAGGCAAGUGGGGUUGUCAGCAAGGUGGGAGAGGGUGUAUCCAACCUUAAAGUAGGUGACAGAGUGGCCAUAGAGCCUGGUGUUCCAUGUAGAUCCUGUAAACAUUGUAAGACAGGUCGUUACAAUCUCUGUCCUGACAUGAGGUUUUGUGCCACACCUCCCAUUCAUGGCAACUUGGCAAAAUUUUACACUCACGCUGCAGAUUUUUGCUUCAAGUUACCAGACAAUGUUAGUACAGAGGAGGGGGCUUUUCUUGAGCCUCUGUCUGUGGGGGUCCAUGCCUGCAAGAGGGGAGGGGUCAGUUUAGGGAGCAGAGUGCUGGUCUGUGGGGCAGGGCCAAUUGGACUGGUCAACCUAAUGACAGCAAAGGCCAAUGGAGCAGCGGAAGUUUGUAUCACAGAUAUUGAUGAAAAAAGAUUAGAAAUCGCAAAGAAAGUUGGUGCUGACCACACCGUUCUUGUAAAAAGCCGAGAUGGAAGAGAAGUGGCAAAACAGAUAGAGGAAGCGAUGGGGCAGAGACCAGAGAUCACCAUAGAGUGCAGCGGGGCACCACCCAGUAUACAGACAGCAAUCUACGCAACAGAGUCAGGUGGUUGUGUUGUGUUGGUUGGACUGGGACCAGCAGAUAUAACUUUACCAAUUGUCGAUGCUUCUGUCCGUGAAGUAGAUAUCAGGGGUAUCUUCAGAUAUGUUAACUGCUAUCCAACAGCCCUAGCCAUGAUUGCUUCAGGAAAAGUCAAUGUGCAACCCCUCAUCACCCAUCGAUUCAAACUACAGGACAGUGUCAAGGCAUUUGAGACUGUUGCUAGGGGUGAGGGGAUAAAGGUCAUGAUUCACUGUGGUUAGUAACCAAUCAAAUUGUCCGGUUAAUGCAGCCAUACUCCGGUGAAGGGAACAGACAUGGAAUAUUGAAUGAAAAAUAGAAAUAUGUUCUUACCUAAUUGAUAAUUCAUGAGACUUAUUAGAUGAUCUUUGUUGAAACUGGCAGAUGUAUAAAGAUGAGAAAAAGUAUUCAGCACCUCAUGAUCUGAAAGGCAGCUGCAUGAACACCUACGGUACCAUGCAAUUUUGUUCCAGUUGAACAACAUUAGCAGUCUGAAUGUUGGCCAUUUGCUUUCAUGAUUGUCUUUGUGCUUCUGCAAUGUAAGACUGAUUUUGUGUAAAAACUUUGAUUGCCAUUUAUUGAUUUUGUCUGUGAUAUAGUCAUAUUAAUAUUGUAGAGAUGCAUUUAAUAGAUUUACCUUGACAUGUACUUUGUGUCCAUGAUAUUACUUGUAUACAACAUUAAAGUUUCUAUACAAUC